AUGGCCGUUGAUGAAAUUCUACAGCAUGUAGGCGACAGUGGAAGAUUUCAAAUUUCGAGGACUGUCCUUUACAUCAUUUUGUGUUUGCUGUCAUCCCCUCAUGACCUCAUGGAAAAUUUUACAGCAGCCAUCCCCAAUCACCACUGCAGUGUAAAACUUCUUGACAAUCACAGAUCUGAAAUUAAUAUAACCAUGAACUUAACUACUGAAGCUCUGCUGAAGGUCUCCAUCCCCAUGGGCCCUGAUCAGAAACCUGAAAAAUGCCGACGCUUCAGGCACCCCCAGUGGCAUUUCUUAGAUUCUAAUGUAUCAAUUCCUAACAACACUGAGCUGGAGACUGAGCCAUGCCUGGAUGGAUGGACAUAUGACCACAGUGAUUUUACUUCUACCAUAGUUACUGAGUGGGAUUUAGUUUGUAAUUUUCAAUCAUUCAAAUACUACGCACAAACCAUUGCUAUAGCAGGACAUUUGGUGUCUGGUUUAGUAUGUGGCAUUUUUUCUGACAGGUUUGGAAGGAAACCAUUGCUGGCGUAUUCUUGCUUAGCCUAUGGGAUUUUGGGCACCUGCUGUGCCUUUGCCCCCAGUUUCUUCCUUUACUGUGCUUUGAGAUUCCUGUUGUCUGCCUCCAUAAAUAAUAUUAUAAACAACUCUACUAUCCUUGUUUUAGAAGAAACCACAGCUCAGUGGCACAGCAAAAUCAUAGCACUCAGUGGUCUGUCCUUCAGCAUUGGCCAAUCCUGCCUUGGGGGACUUGCUUACUUGCUUUCAGACUGGCAUAUGCUGCAACUUGCUUAUGCCUUGCCCCACUUCAUAUUUUUCAUUGUUUUCUGCUGGGGGCCAGAAUCAGUCCGGUGGCUAAUGACCACAGGGAGGACAGAACAAGCAAUAAAGGACCUACAGAAAAUUGCCCUCAUCAAUGGGAAGAAAGACAUUGCACAUAACCUAACUACUGAGACUAUGCAAUCUAAACUUAAGGAAGAUCGGAAUUCAACCAGCAAACAUUUCAGAAUAAAGGACAUCAUUAUUAACCCCAUGAUGCGUAAAAUACUGAUUUGUAAUUCAAGUAUAAUUUUUGCAGAAAUUUUCAGUGGUUAUGGUAUCUUGUUGGAUAUUCAAAUUUUGGGAAAGAACAUAUUCCUGAACCUGAUUCUCCUAGGAGUGACAGACAUACCCAGCAAAUCAAUUGCAUAUUUUAUAAUAAAAAACGUAAGACGUCGUCCUUCAAUUGCUUUUAUACUCCUUACAACUGGCAGUUGUAUUGCCAUCACCAUAUUUAUACCUGAAGAGAUGUAUGUCCUGCGCCUUGUUCUUUUCCUGUUGGGAAAAGGUUCCUUUGCAGUUUUCUCUUGUCUGAGUAUUGUCUACUCCAAUGAACUCACACCGACAGUGCUCAGGUCCACUAUACUUGGUGUUUAUAAUGUUGCUGCCCGAAUAGCAGCAAUGUUGUCUGCACUAGCACUUGUUACUAGAAAGUAUUUUGUACACCUUCCUUUGAUUCUCUGUGGGAUCAUACCCGUAGCGGCAACAAUCAACAUCUACUUUCUGCCGGAGACUUUAAAUUUUCCAUUUAUGGACACUAUCAAGGAUUUGGAGAAAAGAAAAAGGUUGAUGAACAAAAGCAUCAGUAAAAAAGAAGAGCAAGACUUCUUGGAAACGACAGAGUGUUAA